UUGAUUCUGAACCAGGAUCUAGCAGCGCUCUCAAACUGAUGAAUUCUCCGUUGGCUGCUUGUAUUUGGAUGACUGCUGUAGCAAGUAACACGACAGUGUUCGAAGGAUUUGAGAUGUGAUAAUUUUGAGAAGUGGUUGCUUGUCCAGCACUCGGAUUGAAUGGUUUUGCAUUUGGAUUGAUCGGGUUUGUCGACAAUUUUGAUCACGCUUAAUAUUGUGCAACAGCGUGUGAUGUUUCAGGUUGCAAUAAAAACACCGUUUUUCACUUCGACAAUGAAAAGUUUUGUGGUUGAAUAUCCAGCUUCAAAAAUGAGUGGCAUGAACGAAGUGAACGCUGACCCUUGUGACAUAGAGAGAAAUUUGGUACUUCAUAUUCCGUCCCAGGAAAAUGACGAAGAGGUAAAAUUACAAGCGAAAAACCUAUGUUUGGAUAUAAUGCAGAGCAAUGACCCGGAAAGAAUUGCUCGUACCAAAAUAAUUCGCUCUAGAGACAACAGAGUGGCUAACGUCAUAGUCGAAUUGCAGAAUGUAGAAGAUGUGUCAAAUGUUCUGAAGUCUGCCACCAAAUUGCGGGGCACUGGAAUCUCCAUUCACCGUGAUUAUACUAAAGCAGCUAGAGAUAAACGCAAACAACUACUAGAAAUUAGAAAGAAUAUAAGCGAAAAGAACAAAAACAUUAAAGUCUUAACUAAAGGACAAACACUACAUGUAGAUCAAAGAUCAUACUACUUCGAUAGCAACAAUGUUCUGAAAUGUUAUGACGAUGUCGGAAAUCAGCUGCUGCAAAACUUGUUAUCAAACGUGGGUGUCAGCUGUCAAACGUCAGGAGAUGAUCAUCUAUUACAAGGAUUUUUGGCGGCGACACGUGAUGGUUCUUCUUCUUCCUCUCUGUAA